AUGGGGCCCCCGGGCAAUAGGGGAUCAUAGGGCCCUGUGUCCUUGCCCAAACUCAAAAAAGCCUAUGAAAAAGGUACCAGGGGCAUCUCAUGGGGCCACCUACUGACCCCGGGCCCUCGGGCAGUGCCCGAGUUUCCAAAUGGUCAGUCCGCCCCUGGAGAGAUGUUAUAGGCUUGCUCCCACCCAGGGGUGGACUGACAACUCAUGGGGCCCCCGGGCAGUAGGAAAUCAUGGGGCCCCUGUGUUCUCACUCACACUCAAACCUCACCCAAAAAAGCCUAUGAAAGGUACCAGGGGAAUCUUAUGGGGCCCCUUAUUGACCCCGGGCCCUCAGGCAGUGCCCGAGAUCCUAAAUAGUCAGUCUGCCCCUGCUCCCACCAUAUCU